AUGCUUGCAGAACCUGGUGCAGCUGCCCAGGAGCAAGAGCAGCUCGGAGUAGUCAAACUAGAGGAGGAAGAGGCCGCUGGCCAGCAGGACCCCGAGCACCCAGAGACCAGGCUGCGGCCUGAGGUGGCCCACCAGCUCUUCAGAUGCUUCCAGUACCAGGAGGACAUGGGGCCGCGGGCGUCCCUGAGCCGGCUCCGCGAGCUCUGCGGCCACUGGCUGCGGCCGGCCCUGCACACCAAGAAGCAGAUCCUGGAGCUGCUGGUGCUCGAGCAGUUCCUGAGCGUGCUGCCUCCACACCUCCUGGGCCGGCUGCAGGGGCAGCAGCUCAGGGACGGGGAGGAGGUGGUGCUGCUGCUGGAGGGCAUCAGGAUGGAGGCCAGCAGCGCGGGACCAUUGGAUUUUAGCUUUAAUGCCGGCAAGAAUCACUCCAGUGCAGAUGUCACCUUGGAAGAACAAGGGGGGCCUUCCCAGGUACCCAGCCACACCCUCAAAGAGGAAGUACCUUCAGAAGAGCCUCCAGCCCCGGGGCCAUUGAAGGAACUAUCCCGGUCCCCGCCAGGGGCUGCCAAGCCUGCUGAGCCGGGGGCCUGGAUACUUAGCCCAAGUCUAAAGCAGCCGCAGAGCCCCGAUCCCGAAAGCGCUCCCCAGGGCCCCACGCUGUGGCCGGAGAACUCCCAAGAUCAGGAGCUGGCAGCUGUGUUGGAGUCCUUGACCUUUGAGGAUGUCCCGGCAAAGACGGCCUGGCCUGUGCACCCUCUGGGAUUUGGAAGCAGAACUCCAAAUAAGGAGGAAAUCAAACUGGAAGAGCCCAAAGGGGCUGCCUGGUUGUCGGCCAUCUCAAGGGAGUCGCAGGCAAAUAGUCCCGGGGAGGCAGAAGAUCACCACGCGCAGAAGCCCAGUCAGGGUCCUGGGGUGGGUGGCACUGGUGGCGGAGAGUCUCCUCCUGACAGGGCUGAGGUUGUGGAGGUCCCGGCGGCCGCCGAGGGGCUCAUCUGCACCGAGUGCGGGGUGAGCUUCACACACCUGUCCCGCCUGGAGGCGCAUCACCUGCGCUCGCACGCUGGGGGGCGCACCUUCCUGUGCCUGUGCUGUGGCAAGAGCUUCGGCCGCAGCUCCAUCCUCAAGCUGCACAUGCGCACGCACACGGAUGAGCGCCCACACGCCUGCCACCUGUGCGGCCACCGCUUCCGCCAGAGCUCGCACCUGAGCAAGCACCUGCAGACGCAUUCGGAGCCCGCCUUCCUGUGUGCUGAGUGCGGCCAGGGCUUCCAGCGGCGGGCGAGCCUUCUGAAGCACCUGCUGGCGCACGCCCAGGACCAGGACCAGGACCAGGACCAGAAGCCGCCGUGCGCCCCCGAGAAGCCCAAGACAGAGGCACCGGCGCCCGAGCCGACCGUCCUGUGCUCGCAUUGCGGCCAAGGCUUCCAGCGCCGCUCCAGCCUCAAGCGCCACCUGCGCAUCCACGCCAAGGACAAGGGUCACCAGUGCACCGAGUGUGCCGGCAGCCUCCGCCCGGUCCCCGAGCGCAGGUCCUAUGUGUGCGACGUCUGCGGCAAGGCUUUCCGGCGCAGCGAGCACCUGGCGGCCCACCGGCGCGUGCACACAGGCGAGCGGCCCUUCUCCUGCCAGGACUGCGGCCGCAGCUUCAGCCAGAGCUCCCAGCUGGCCAGCCACCAGCGAGUGCACACGGGCGAGAAGCCUUACGCCUGCCCGCAGUGCGGGAAGUGCUUCGUGCGGCGCGCCGGCCUGGCCCGCCACCUGCUGACCCACGGCGGCCUCCGGCCCCACCACUGCGCCCAGUGCGGCAAGAGCUUCAGCCAGACGCAGGACCUCACGCGCCACCGGCGCAGCCACACGGGGGAGAGGCCCUGCUGCUGCAGCGAGUGCGGCGAGCGCUUCAGCCAGAGCGCGCACCUGGCCCGCCACCGGCGCAUCCACACCGGGGAGAGGCCCCACGCCUGCGACACCUGUGGUCACCGCUUCCGCAACAGCUCCAACCUCACCCGCCACCGGCGCAGCCACACGGGCGAGCGGCCCUACGGCUGCCCUACGUGCGGCCGGAGCUUCCGGCGCAACGCCCACCUGCAGCGGCACCUGGCCACCCACACGGGGGCCGGGGAGGAGGCGGCGUCCGGGGCACCGCCGGCCGAGGCCCCCCAGGAGUGCGUGGAGUGCGGCAAGAGCUUCAGCCGAAGCUGCAACCUGCUGCGGCACAUGCUGGUGCACAGCGGGGCCAGACCCUACUCCUGCCCGCAGUGCGGGCGAGGCUUCAGCCGCAACUCCCACCUGCUGCGCCACCUGAGGACGCACGCCCGGGAGACCCUGUACUAG